AUGUAUAAGAAGAAUGCCAACUUCGUUGAAUGUGAGGAGAAGGUGCUAGAAUACUGGAGAAAUGGCAAAUGCUUUGAGAAGGCUUGUGAGAUGAGCAAAGGCCGGGAGAAGUUUACUUUCUAUGAUGGCCCUCCGUUUGCAACAGGGCUGCCGCAUUAUGGCCACAUUCUCAGCGGUACGAUCAAAGACACUGUUACCAGAUUUUUCUAUCAGCAGGGAUAUGAUGUUGACAGAAGGUUUGGAUGGGAUUGCCAUGGGCUUCCUGUUGAAUAUGAGAUUGACAAGAAGCUAGGGAUAAGCAGUAGAGACGAGGUUCUAAAGAUGGGGAUUGACAAAUACAACGAGGAAUGCAGGAAGAUUGUCAUGAAGUACAGCAGUGAGUGGGAGAAGAUUGUGGAAAGGCUCGGGCGAUGGAUAAGCUUUAGGAAUGGGUAUAGAACUAUGGACAGAGAGUUUAUGGAAAGUGUAUGGAAUAUUUUUAAGGAGCUCUUCAACCGAAAUCUGAUAUACAGAGGAUUUCGAGUGAUGCCAUUUUCCACAGCGUGUUCAACUCCUCUGAGCAACUUUGAAUCGAAUCAGAAUUACAAAGAUGUUAGCGAUCCAUCUGUCCUUAUUGCCUUCCCUCUUCUUGAAGGUCUUGGGGGAUACAAGUUGUCAUUGGUCGCGUGGACUACCACACCCUGGACUUUACCAUCUAACUGUGCACUUGUGGUGAAUUCCGGGUUUCUGUAUGGAGUUUUUGAGCAUAAGCAGAGGUUUUACUUAAUGCAUGUGGACAGGAUUGAGGAGUAUUUCAAGGACACCAAGAUCUUGAAGAAGAUUUCUGGGAAGGAGCUUGAAGGACUUGAAUAUGAACAGCCGUUUUCCUACUUCGAAGAAUACAGGAAGAAAGGGUUCUUCAGAGUUUAUACCUCUGGAUUUGUCACGGAUACAGACGGUACAGGUGUAGUCCAUUGUGCCCCUGGGUUUGGAGAAUGCGACUAUAAUGUGUUUGUUGAGAAAGGGCUGAUACGUGAGAAUGACCUUGUUCCUUGCCCUGUCGAUGAGAAUGGGAGAUACACCGAUGAGGUGAAGGACUAUGCUGGAAGAUAUGUAAAGGAUUGCGAUAAGUCCAUUCUUUCUGACAUUAAGGAUAAGGUCCUUAUGAACCAAAGGAUAGUGCACAAGUAUCCAUUCUGCUGGAGAUCCGACACGCCCCUACUGUACAAGCUUGUUCCAAACUGGUUCGUCAAGGUCAAGGACCAUGUGUGCUCUCUUUUAAGAAAUAACGAGAAGAUAAACUGGAUCCCCAAGGACAUAAAGUACAAAAGAUUCCACAACUGGCUGGAAAAUGCAAGGGACUGGUCUAUAUCAAGAAACAGGUUCUGGGGAACACCCAUUCCCCUGUGGACCACGGAGGACUAUAGUGACAUGAUAUGUAUAGGAUCUGUAGAAGAGCUUGAAAGGCUAAGUGGAAGGAAAAUCGUUGACAUUCACAGGGAAUUUAUUGACGACAUUGUCAUACACAAGAAUGGAAAGGAAUACAGAAGAGUUGAGGAGGUUCUUGACUGUUGGUUUGAAAGCGGGAGUAUGCCAUAUGCACAAGAUCAUUGGCCAUUUUGUAAGGAAGUUGGUGCAGGCCUGGAGGACCUUUCUGUAACUGAUGAAGAUGGAAAGUGGAAAAAGCUUGUGAAAGAAAACUUCCCAGCCAACUUUAUAGGAGAGGGACUUGAUCAGACAAGAGGAUGGUUCUAUACCCUUCAUGUGAUAUCCUCACUUCUGUUUGAUCAACCUGCAUUCCUCAAUGUGAUUGUUAAUGGGAUAGUGCUUGCAGAAGAUGGACGAAAGAUGAGUAAAAGGCUGAAGAACUACCCAGACCCAUCUCUUAUACUCAAUACCUAUGGUGCAGACUCUCUAAGAAUGUACUUGUUAUCAAGUCCUGUUGUCGAAGCAGAGAACCUAAGGUUUAAUGAGAACGGGGUCAAAGAGGUUCUGAAGACGUUGAUAAUUCCAUGGUACAAUUCCUUAGGAUUUUAUCUAGAGAACAGAGACGUGGAGCCUGAUAAUGUAUGCUUGCCUAUGGAUGACUGGAUAAAGACGUCUCUCAAUAAUUUUACAGUGUCAUUGACUGAAAAGAUGAAAGGAUAUGAACUUUCUUCCAUAUUGACUCUAGCACUAAGGUUUAUUGAUGACUUGUCAAACUGGUAUAUCAGGAUAUACAGAAAGGAGAUAAGAUCUGGACAUCACACCGUUCUUGGUGAGGUUCUUCUGAGGUUUUCUAUUGUAAUGGCGCCAUUCACUCCUUUCUUCAGUGAAUAUUCUUACCAAUCGCUUAAUCCCGGAGAGAGUGUUCAUUUCCAGGAAUAUCCGACAUGCAACAGUGGAACGCACCCGUUUGAGAUGGCCAAGAGCAUUAUAACAGCAGUAAGACGCCUCAGAGAAAUGAAUUCCAUAUCUUUGAAGACACCGCUGAAGAGUACCACACUGAUAAGUAGCAAUAGCCUGUAUGAGGGAGUUAAGGACUACAUAGAUGCAAUCAAGGCAGAAUGUAAUGUCCUAGAGCUCCUCCAUAGAGAGGAAGAGAAAUCUAUGUUCGAUGUUACAGUGAAGCCAAACUUCUUGAAUUUGAAAAAAGAUAAAGCCACUAUGAAAAGAAAAAUGGAACUAAUCAAGAAUCUUUCCAAUGACCAAAUGUAUUCACUUCUAAGUUCCUCGUUGAAUAUAGGAGGUCUUGAGAUUCUUCAGGAAGACGUACUGAUUGUAAAGAAGAUAAAGUGUGUUGAGGGAAUCAGCCAAGAGUUUGGGGACUUCAGUAUAAUCAUUGAUAAUACCUUGGACGAAAACAUUGUUGAAAUGAAAGCUGCAAGAGAGUUCCAUAGCUACAUCCAGAAGCUAAGGAAAAGCAUAGGUCUAAAUAUUAAUGAUGAUGUGGUGGUAGACAUCGAAUGUUCUGACUUGAAGAACAUUGUGAGUAAGUAUUUCGAUAUUCCCUUCGGGAACUUGGGAAUUCUAUGUGGAAGGGAUUCAUAUGAGUUUAAUGGAGUCUCGUACUCCAUUUCUCUCUACAAGAAGGCUUAA